UUUAGAAAAAUCCCUCGUAAUUACCCAAAACACCCCUCCCUCGGAUGUGGAGCCCACUUAAGACCAACCCAAGCCUAAAUAAAAAAUGCCCACAGCCCAGUUUGGGCAAUCGAGUAAAUUCACAGAUAUUUGAAUCCGGCUUUACAUGGUAUGCAUGUAAUAUACUUCAGUGGUGCCUCACUGCCUCGGGUAGCGCGACCUGUUUUGGGUUUUCCUGGUACACGUGUGGGAUUCCCAUUGGAUAAGAGUUCAACGCAAAAUAGUAGAAGGCAAUGAAAGAAGGAAGCCUAGGAAAGCGAGAAGUGUAGUGUAUUUAAACAAGCUACUCCCUUCUCUUCCACCACCCAUCUACAGUGGCUCAGAGACAAACGAGACACACAGUGUGAGAAAUACACAGAGAGAGCUUCCACGCUCAUUGGCAAGGGAAACGAAGUCCAAGCAAAUGAAUUUUUGAUGAAGGAAAAACAGUUAAAGAAGAAGAUGAUGGGAAUGAUGAAGAGGCAGACUUCGGCGCGUUGGUGGUGGUCUGAGAGUCACCAGACCCCAGGACGCUCACCAUGGCUUCAAUCAACUCUUGCUGAACUGGACCAGAAGACAGAGGCCAUGCUACAACUGAUUGAGGAGGAUGCAGAUUCCUUUGCUUUACGUGCAGAAAUGUACUACAAGAAGCGGCCGCAGUUAAUCAGCAUGGUUGAAGAUUUUUAUCGAGCUCAUCGCUCAUUAGCUGAGAAAUAUGAUCAAGUCAAGUCUGAUUCUGGAACUCGCCUGGUGACAACAUUAGGAACUUCAUUCUCUUCAACGAAAAGUCGUUUAGAGAAGUCAAUGAGUGGGGUGGAUCGAACCUAUGACAGCUUCUCAGAGGUUUGUGACCACGAGGAGUCUGCUGAAUCAGAAGUGGAUGAUCCUGAGCAGGAUGAUGUCAACCUGGUUGAAGAAGAUACAAAAGAUGAGGAAGCUCUAAGUGAGGUGAAUGAUGAAGAAACAAGAGAGGAGGAUGUUCUAAGUGAGGUAAUUGAUGAAGAAACGAAAGAUGAGGAAAUUAUAAGUGAGGUUGGUUCAGACGAAGUGAUGAAGUUGAAGGAAGAAUUACGAAGACUUGAGGAAGAGAACAGAAUUCAAAAGGAUCAAUUAGAGCAGAAAGAUGAAGAGAAAAGAGAGGCAAUAAGGCAGCUAAGUUUAGCAGUAGAUAUGCUGAAGGAAGAGAAUGCAAAGCUGAGAAAGUGUAUUACAAGAGACUCCCCCAAAAAAUCCAGCCCCUCUGAGCUAAAAAGCGAAUUAAAGGAGACAUUUUUAAGAAAGUUGUUUAAUAGGUCUCAAAGGAAUUACCGUAUUGCUGGUUGUUGCACUCUAGCCCGUUAAGAUCCGUAGAACUAAAUUUACAGAAAUGAUCAUAACAUGUAGAACACAUAUUUGUAGAAAAAUGUCUAUACUAGUGGUUUCAUCACCUAAACUCAAGUUAGAAAGAUUAAAAGUUAUUUUCUUUUGAGGUAGUU